AUGAACGAACAAAUUAUAGAGAUUCCAAGUGAAAAAAAAAUAACAAAGAUUGUGUGUUCUCCAAAAUUAAAAUAUAUUGCAGCUUGGAGCGAUGAAGACAUGUCAGCUUGCAUAUUCUCUAUUGAAGAUCAAAUGAAUCUGAAAUAUGAAGGUUGCUAUUCACUAAAAGAACAAAUCAAACAUGGUCUUUCAAAAGAAAUCGAAUAUUUGGAUUUUUUAAAUGCUGAAAAAUAUGAUCUAAAACUAUCAGAUCAAAGACAUAUUACAAAAAAUAUCCAAAUUAGACUUAAAGAAUCAUAUUUAAUUAAUUAUAGUGUGGUUUUUUCUAUUGAUAAUAGUAAAUUGGAAGUUCAACAAAAAUCUAAAACAUAUUUCCCUUAUUUACCACCUUCAGAAUUUGGCUGCGACACAAAAAAUUGUAAAAAACAUGAUUUUAAUGAAUUGAUGAUUGAAGAUUAUAAUAAUUCACGUUUUAAAUUAAGCCUUUAUGGAGAAUAUCUAAUGGAACAUUUAUUGGAAAAAGAAAAUUUUGAAUCUAUUGAAAAUCUAUUAAAAAACAUAAUUGAUUUUACUAUUAAAAAUAGUGAUGAAAAUUUCAUUUCAAACCUUCCAUUAAUGAAAAUUGUUACUUAUAAUUUUGAAUCAUUAAGCCAAUAUCCUGAGAUUAUUAAUUGGUUUUUAUCUAGAAUAGCCUUUUUUGUAUCUGAUAAUACAUUAUCUAAAAUAAUUGACACAAAUUCUACUUCUAACCAUCUUCAAAAAUUUGGUAAAUACCCUAAUAUUUCUAAUAUUUUUUAA